UUAUUCGUUAUAAGAAGGAAUCGACAACAUGUGUGACACUGUACUAAAUAAUUCAUAAACAGUUAUUAAUUUUCUGUAAGAGAGAUGUUGAAAAGAAAAAAUAUUUUUAUUUUAAUAAUGCAUCGAUAAAAAAGUAUCGAUAAGAAAUUAUUAGAAUUAUAUGUUUUAUAGUAAAUAUCCUAAUUCGUUGUGACCGCAUUAAAGUUUACAUUUUCAAGAUCACAAUAAAAAUUGUAACAUAUUGACAAUAGAAUGAACGAAAAGGCAGGGAUGACGAUGGAAAGGAAAAGAUUAAAUUAUGAGAAUAAACUUAUAUUAGCACCUAUGGUACGAAUUGGUACUCUUCCUAUGCGUCUUCUUGCACUUGAUUAUGGAGCUGAUAUAGUGUACACGGAAGAAUUAAUAGACUGGAAAUUAUUACGAUCAUUUCGUCGUGAAAAUGGUAAGAAAAUAUGUUUUAGGUACAGUUGAUUACAUAGAUAAAACAGAUGGUACAGUGACUUUUCGAACAUGUCUUAAAGAGAGAAAUAAAGUAGUUUUACAAAUUGGUACUUGCGAUGCAACAAGAGCAUUGAAAGUAGCCAAAAUGGUAGAACAAGAUGUUGCUGGAAUUGAUUUAAAUAUGGGUUGUCCCAAACUAUUUUCCUUGGUAGGAAAAAUGGGUGCAGCUCUUCUGAAAGAACCAGAAAUAGCUACAAAUAUUUUAAAAACUUUAGUAGAUAAUUUGAGCAUUCCUGUAACUUGUAAAAUUCGUGUAUUGCCAGAUUUAGAUAAAACUUUAGAACUUUGUGAACUUUUACAAUCGACUGGUAUAUCAGCAAUUGCGGUUCAUGGUCGAACUGUUAAUGAAAGACCACAACAUAUGAACCGUAAUGAUGUUCUGAAGAAAAUAUCUGAUAGGCUUGCUAUACCAGUUAUAGCAAAUGGAGGGUCAAAAGAAAUACAAAAAUAUUCUGAUAUCUUCAAAUUUAAGGAAAUAACAGGAUGCAGUAGUGUGAUGCUUGCACGUGCAGCUCAAUGGAACUGUUCAAUAUUUAGUAAAGAAGGUUUACUUCCCAUGGAAGAUGUAAUAAAAUCAUAUUUAAAAUAUGCUGUGGAUUGUGAUAAUUCACCUUCAAAUACUAAGUACUGUAUACAAAAUAUACUUAGGGAACAGCAGGAAUCAACAUUAGGCAAGAAGUUCCUUAGUUCUCAAACUUUAGAGCAAAUAUGUGAUUUAUGGAACUUAAUUGAUUAUUGUCUUUCAAAGAAAAAAGAAUUUGAAGAAAAAGGUCUAUUGGGAAGAUCUCAAGUUUCACCUAUGAGAGAAGACGGAAAACAGGAUGAGGGACAAGCAUCAAAUAAAAGAAAGAUUUCAGAGGAGGAGGACGUAACCUUAAUGCAUUGUGCGUUUUUAAGAAAUAAUUAUGUAACAGAUCUUGAACUACCAAAAACUAUUUUACAUAAAUGGACGCAAACUCAAAGGAAAAAAAUGCCAAAUUAUGAUACACAACAAAAGGGAAAAUUAUUUCAAUCCAUCGUUACCGUCGAUGGACGGAGAUAUGGAUCAUCCUUCUGGGAAAAAAAUAAAAAGUGGGCAGAACAAGGUGCUGCUCUGGUUUGUCUUUUUUCCUUAGGUCUAGUCAAUAAGAAAGCUCUUGCUACAAAUUGCAAUGUUCCUUGUUGAUAACCUAUGAGCGAAGAAUAGGAGUAAUCAAUUAUUACAUUACGAUUUUUGAAAACUGACCUCAUAUUUUUUUAUUAAUUUUGUUAUUAAUAAAAAAACAUUUUUCCAAUA